UCUAGCAUCGCAAAUUGCAAACUUCAAAACUCUCUCUCUCUCUCUCUCUCUGUCUUUCUCUCUCUAUAUCUACGCCACAAAUUCUAUAUUCUAGACUCACCCCACACUCUUGGAAUCUCAAACAUGAAGAAAUCCGGCAUCCUCGCCGCCUCCUUCGCCGCCGCGUCCGCCGCCGCAGUCUCCGUUACGUCCUCUGCACACACCUCUCAUCAGGACGUUACGGCUGAGGGGAGAGGCCGUGAGAGUUCUUCAUCGGCGAGUUCAUCUUCUUCGGAAAAAUUCGCGCCGAGAUUUGAUGGGUUGCGAUUCAUUGAAACGCUGAUUACUGCCCAUAGAUGAAAGAUUUUUUUUUUUUUUUGGCCUUGUGCUGUUUAGAGAAGACUUCGUCUAUGGGAAAUAUUUCAACUUUUUUUUUUUUCUAUUGGGGUUAUUGGGAGAAAUAGAGAGAAAAACAAAUUGUGAUAUUACGGGAUUAUAUUGUACUUUUUCUUUUUCUUGAUCUCAUUCAGGAAAUAAAAAAUUAAAGGUUUUUGGGUUUGUGCUGA